UGGCAAUAGCGUGUCUGGGAACACAAUGCCUCCUGUCAAGCAGCUGUCUCUGCUCGUCCUCCUAACCCUUUCCUCCUCGGCCCUCCUGUCUGCCUACGAGGCCCCCAAAGAGAAGGACGACAUUUUUGCCAGUAAAGCCUGCCCCAGCUUCCUUGUGUUCAACAAUGCUGCCUAUCUGGCGGACAUGACCAUAGAGCUUCCCUGCCACUGCAAGCCUGAGCGGGCCCACUCCGUGGUGUGGUUCUACCAGAAGCAGCUGGGCAGCCUGGACACCAGGGCCCUCACCGACUUCCAUGGCACCGCUUUGGUCGACCCGUCGCGAGUGGGCCCGGGUGGGGACCUUCGGAGCCGGUUCUCCAUCCGGCUCUUCAGCCUGCUCAUCUUCCGGGCACAGGUGGAGGAUUCGGGCCACUACCUCUGUAGCACGACCAGGGGAGACUUCUUCUACGGUCAUUACGUGGAUGUCCAGGAGGUUCGACGGGUGUCCUUUUCCUGGAGUCGUGCCCGGGGAGUGGCAGCAGUGGCGGCCGGGACGUCGUCCAGGUCCAGUCAGGAUCCUCCGCUCUACCAGGUGUUCACCAGUUUCUGGCCGUGGUCCGUGUGUGACCGCUGUGGCAUCCGAGGCGAGCGGACCCGCGCCGGGCUCUGCUACGUGAAGACCGACUACCUCCAUGUGCGCUACCAGCUGACGUCUCGGACGGUGGCGCCCUGCGGCUCCGCCGCGGUGCCCCGUCGCUUCGGCCUCGGGGAAUUCCGGCUGCACGGGGGUGCGGAGCUGGCGGUGCGGAGCUGCCGGGUUCCCUGCCCACCUGGGCCUCGCCCUAGGCCGGAGCACCAAGCCAUGUGGGACUUCCUGGGCUACAACGAGCCAGCCGCUCAAGGGAUCCCUGUCUACUACCUCAACCACCCAGUGGACACCCCACUCAUACUCUCCUGCCCCGGGGCGAAACUUCAAAAUGCGUUGGCCUGGGACAAGGGCUCCAUGCCUCUGUACCGCUCCCAGUAUAUGGAGGGUGGCAAUAGGACGUCCCGGGUCUUCAUUGACACUGGCAACCACCUGCACUUCUGCCCAGCGACACUUGAGGACCAAGGUUCCUACUACUGUUGGAUCCAGGGGAAGAGGGCUGCUCAGAUCAAGCUUGGGGUGUAUAACCGCCUGGGAGGCAAGCGGCUGCUCUCCAACACGGAGUCCCUCUAUGCCUUGAGGAUUAUUCUCCUGUGUUAUGGGGCGAUGACUGGGUUAUUUAUUGUGAUCCUGCUGGUGAAGUAUUCCACUGUGAGGCAAAAAGUGAUGAACUUUCAUUUGUGUGUUCAGUAUGUUCAAUAAAUUA